AUGGAGAGUGUUUCACAUGCAAAUUCGGUGUCAUAUGGCGACAAUACCUUGAAGUAGAGAGUAUCACUCUCAAUAUCUUGCAGAAAUCUUAAAAAUCUAGAUGUUCUAAGUAAAUCAGACCCAAUGUGCGAGGUAUAUAUCAAAGACAGAAAGACAACGAACUGGACAUUGCUGGGUAAAACUGAGACAAUCAACAAUAAUCUAAAUCCCGAUUUUAGUAGUAUAAUAUACUGUGACUAUUUCUUCGAGAGAGAAUAGAACAUCAAAUUUGAUCUUUAUGACAUUGAUAAUCAAUAGCAUACGUCAAGAGACUUUAUUGGAAGCAAUGAAACCACUUUAGGAGGCAUUAUUGGCUCAAUGUAAUAAACUUAUGUUGCUGAUCUGAAAGAUAAUAAGUCUACUAGAUCUAGAGGAAAGAUAGUGGUGAGACUAGACAACGUGAAUACAACCAAUGACGAGGUAAGACUCAGAGUGAGUGCUAGGGUUCAAUCAAAUGCUGGAUGCUGUGGGACUUAGGAUAAUCCAUAUUACAUUAUAUCAAGAGCUAGAGAUGUCAACAAUCAUAAGGAUUUCGUUAGAGUAUACAAGUCAUCUGCGAUGUUAAAUUCUACUCAGCCGAUGUGGAACGUUUAAAAGAUUAAAUUAUCUCAAAUAUGCAAUGGCAUUAAUAAUCUUCCAAUCAAAUUUGAACUCUACUCUUAGAAUAUUUCUGGAACAGACUAGGCUUAUGGUGAAGGCAUUACUUCAAUUGAAUAGUUAUAAUCUGGAUAGAAAUCAGUUGAAAUUACUGAUAAAAAAAGGAAGAUAAAGGGCUCGUUAAAUAUAGAUAACUUUGUCAUCAGAGAAAUGCCGAACUUUAUGGAGUAUUUAAGAAGUGGGUGGGCUAUAAACAUGUCUUUUGCUAUAGAUUAUACUGCCUCGAAUGGAGAAAAAACAGACCCGAAUUCUUUACAUAAAUAGGAUCCUUCUGGAAGAAAUCUCAACUAAUAUGAAUAGGCGUUACUUUCUGUUGGAAAAGUAAUGGAACCUUACGCCCUUAACUAAAUGUUUGCCACUUUCGGUUUCGGUGGGAUUCCAAGAUUUACUGGUUCAAACUAAAUUUCUCACUGCUUCAAUUUGAAUGGUUCUGUAAGUCCACAAAUUUAAGGAUUGCAAAAUGUUUAUAUGGCAUAUAAAAGAACAAUACAUUAAAUAGGUUUAGCUGGUCCUACUCAUUUUUCAAGUGUUUUAUAAUCACUCUUAGUCUAUGUACAAUAAUGCUUGCAAUUCCAAAUGUAUCACUGUCUUAUGAUAAUUACAGAUGGUGAGAUUCAUGAUAUGCCAGCAACUAUUGAUUUAAUAGUUGAAUUAAGUCGAUUCCCGGUAAGCAUAAUUAUUAUCGGAGUGGGUAAUGAAGGAUUUGAGAAGAUGAACUUCUUAGAUUCGGAUAACUAAGCAUUAAGGAAUUCAAAGGGCUAAGUAGCUGCUAGAGAUAUAGUUUAAUUUGUUAGAUUCUAGGACUAUUCCACAAUGGAUGUUUCAAUGUUGGCCGAAGAAGUGCUUAAAGAAAUGCCAGAUCAAAUAGUAGGAUAUAUGAUGGAAAACGGAAUAAAACCUAAAAAACAGGAAUGGCUAAGUGUAGAUGCUGUCAUAUAAAAUCAAGGAGGCAUUGGAGGCAUUGUGUGA